UAGGUUACGCUGCUGAUAAUGCCUGCAACCCGAGCAGAGGACUGCGGGGAGGGAGAAUACCUACAUGAAGGUCACUGCUGUGUGUCUUGUCCAGCAGGUACUUACGUUGUUCAGCACUGCAGUGCUCCGCAUUUGAGAGGAAGAUGUGUCCCUUGCACCAAAGGAGAGGGUUAUACCGCCCACGAGAAUGGCUUGGAAGAAUGCUUGCUGUGCAGACAGUGCAAAGAGGAUCAGAUAACUUUGCGACCCUGUACUCUGACGCAUGAUACUGAAUGCCAGUGCAAACAAGGAUAUUUCUGCCCUGCUGAGGGCUGUGAAAUAUGUCAGAGAUGUAGUACAAUGUGUCCAGAAGGGAAAGAAAUUGUGCAGAAUUGCAAUGCAACUAUGGACCUAGGAUGUGGCUUACCCGAUCAAGGAAGCACCGCUCUUGUUUGGAUUAUUGUGAUUAUUUUGGUGGUUGGUGGUUUGUUGCUGUUCUUUGUAAUUAGAAGGCUGAAGGGUAAUGAAGCUGCUUCAAUUGAUAAAGAUGCAGAGAAAGGUCUGGAGUCUGAGGACAGUACUGAAAGCCUCAUUUUACCAGAAGUGGAGACACCUGCAAAUAAUGCGGCCAAGCCAGAGGGUGGGAACUCUGGUGAGAGCCCAGAGGGCCCAGCACAACCCAAUGUUAACUUGGAAGUAAAAAACACAUCACCAGAGGAAAACAGUGUUGUGCUUUCUGAGUGGGGCACCAUCCUGCGCCAGAUGGAAAGGUGCUGGAGGAGGAUCGCUGAGUCUUCGCUACCAGCAAAAACUGGGCAGAAUCCUGCUUUUAAUCAGAAUGCCCCAUUUAAUAUACCUGGUGGUAGGAUGCCAGCAAACUGCAUGGUACGAGAACCAAAGUGUCAAAUAAUUGUUAAAGAUCUCUCUCCAAAAGAACUGAGAGAUAGCUAUGGGGCCUUUAUAAAUGAAGUACCACGGAGAAAAUGGAAGCAGCUUAUGAGAGCUCAUCUGCAGGAAAAUGAUAUAGUUAAAAUUAUUAAUGACUUUCCUAAUGAUAUAGAAGAGCAGUCUUAUCAGAUGCUUCUCGCCUGGAAAAACACACUGGGAGAGAAACAAUCUAUUAUUAAAUUACUGGAUGAGUUAAGGUACCUAGAUACCAAGGCUUAUGAUAACGUAUUGAACACUUUAAAAAGUAAUGGCAUUAUAAGUAAAUUAGAAACUACAGAUUAAUGUUUAGGAUGAACUUCAGAAAUGCUCCUGUGUACAUAUAUGUCUACAACCUUCCUGUAAAUGAGGACGUCAACAAACUGCUAGUAAAAGCGAUGGGGCGGACUUGAUCUCCUCACCUUCACGCGGGGAGCUGGAAGUGAUUUAACACCUUCGGUGUUCACACGGACUCCGGUUGUCGCGCUCGCUGGGGCCUUUGAGUUGUCUGGUAUUAAACUCGGACGCCAGCUUGGGAGCGAGGUGCUCCAGCUGGCGCUUCCCUUCGCGCGGGGCAGGACCGUGCUGUUUGAGCCUGGGCAGCGGGAACGAAGAGGCCGCUGCCGUUUUUGAGGGGACUGCAGCGCUUCGG